AAGCCUUCCCUCAUCACCCCUGCACCACCAAAGUACCACUGUGUCUCUUGUCUUUCAUCUAAGCAAUCCAGAUCCAGUACCACACCAGCUUUUCACAGCUACUAGGUUCAUCAUGUGAAACUCCUCCUCAGAAGACUUCAGUUCCUCCUUUUGAAAAGCCUUGACUUUUCUUCAUGACUUUCAUGAUACCCCAUAGUAUGGCCUCCAUAGGCAUGUGACCUUUGUUCUUCUUCACCAACCAUGGACCCGUCCUUGCCUCCAUCCCGACAAAGCCACCAUAGCACAGUGUCAGGAAACACUGCCGAGGGGUCUUGAGUGUGACUGUCCUAUUUUACCUGGGACAGGAAGACAAGGGACAGACGUGAAAUGCCUUCUCUCAGAAAUGUGCUCACUGGGACCCCAGGUGAGACCUCAGUGUGGUGUGGGAAGGAGAAUUUCUGGCUUGGAACGCAAGUCAUUCCUACAAAUAUUUAUAAAGCAUCUCAAGUGGACAUGAAAGAAAAAGGGACACUGUCCCGGCCACUAAAGAUUUGCCAUCACUAGGGAGGUGAAGAAGAACCUCCUGUGGAAGAGAGUGCUGAAUAAAAGGCAUGGUAAUGCCUCCUUCUUUUGUAGAAGGUAUCAGACCCCAGGGCAGGGGCAAGGCAAACAUUAGACUCAUUUUCUAGAUGAUGAAACUUUCUUACCUGCCUGAGAGUUUAAAUGGCUUAUUUAUUAUCACAGGGCUAAUAAUUAGCUCAUCUGGGUCUCCUGGUUUGUUGGAUUUUCUUUGCACUGCUCUGCUCUGCCUGCAAACAGCAGGGUUAUGACACCCUGAGAGCCAUCGAGCAUUCCCAGGAGCAGGGGGAAUGGACUCCGAGCUGUGAGAGUUCCUGGGGGAAGGUGGCAUUUACCUGAGAAUCGAAGGAUCCGGAAGAUUUCAAUCAGAGAAGAAAGAAGGGAAGAAAGAAUAUUCCAGAAAUAAAGAAACUCCAUGAGCAAAGGCACAAAGCAGGACAAGAAGAGCUACCCAAGGGCAAAAUUACUUGAGAAGUGAAGACUCCCUCCCUUUGCCUCCCCUGAGAGUCUGAGAUAAAGGAGGAGGAGAGGUCUGGGUGUCUCUGGACUGAUAAACAGACUCCACCCAGAGGCCAAUAGCAUGGGUAUAUGGGGACAGGAGGGUCAAGUGGCAGAAGUUCCCCUUCUCCAGUACAGAGGAACUGGGGGGGGGGCGGUAGGAGGGAGGCCAUUUCCUGAACCCCACUUCUCAGAUUCAGCACCUAGAGCAGAACCAGGAAGGAUUCUGGGAGCCAGAGAGGACUGACAGACGGCAAGUCCCCUAGAGAAAACUGUUCCCCUCUGGGGUCAGGUGACUAGGGUGGGGGUGGAUGGCCACUGUGUGUGAGUGCCCUGCCCCAUGGGAGAGGAGGAAAUGUGAGGCUUGGAGAGCAGAAACGGGAAAGGAAAGGGAGGUGUCAGGAGAGGGAGAAAAGUCGGGGUGCAUCCAGGGGAGGGGCCGUUCUGAAGCUGGUCUAGGAACACUGCCCUGGGAUGAUAGCGGGCGCGUGAAGGGAAGCGUCAAAACCACCUGAUAGACCUGAUAUAACUCUCUUUAAUGCACCCCCUUCCUGACCCAGCUUCUCUCCCUUCUCUCCUCCUCAGUUCAAGAGGGUGGAGACCAGAGUGGGGAAGAACCUGGCCGGGGGGAAUGAGCCGGGCAUGGGGAAGGGGGCCUUUCUUAAGGCAGGAGUUCCCUGCACAGCAAUCUCCAGUAUCUCAAGUAGAGUGGCCACAGGAACGCCACAUAACGGCGGGGUUCAUGGUCCGGCGGGUGCUAGCGGCUGGCCUGCUUUUCAGUCUGCUCCUUGGUUCUUCUGUGCUUUUGGUCUACAUCUUCCGGAGCUGUGGCCCUAGGCCCUGCAGGACGCCCGAGUGUCAUGAUCUUCAGGCUCGUUACCUGGCCUCUGGGAACACCAGUGUGGCCCCCUGUACCGACUUCUUCAGCUUUGCCUGUGGAGACGCCCAAGGCACCAAGAGCUCUUUUCAGGCUCUUGCAGAGGAGAACAAGAGGAGACUUCGGAAAAUACUGGAAAAGCCAGGUUCCCGGCACCUGGGCACUGGGGAGGACAAAGCUUUCCAGUUCUACAGCUCCUGUGUGGACACAGGUGCCAUUGAAGCCGAAGGGGCUGCCCCCCUCAGACAAGUCAUUGAGGAGCUUGGAGGCUGGCGAAUCUCCGGUAAUUGGACUUCCUUAGACUUUAACCGAACCCUGAGCCUUCUGAUGAGUCAGUAUGGUUAUUUCCCAUUCUUCAGAGCCUACCUGCGACCUCAUCCUACCCUUCCACACACGCCAGUCAUUCAGCUGUCUCCUGUAGCACCUUCCCCAUCCUCCCACACCUGUCCUCUCCUCCCUCCACGCUCCCUACUUCUCUCCAGUAUCUCUUGUGUCCAGAUAGACCAGCCAGAGUUUGAUCUUCCCCUCAAGCAAGAGCAGGAACAGAAGAUCUAUGCUCAGAUUGUGCGGGAAUACCUGGCUUAUCUGAGUCGGCUGGGAGCCUUGCUAGGAGGAGACCCAGACAAGGUGCAACAACAUGCCUUCCUGUCCAUCUCCAUUACCUCACAGCUGUUUCAGUUUCUGAGGCCCCUGGAGCAGCAGCAGGCACAGGAGAAGCUCUUUCAGCUGGUCACUAUUGACCAACUGCAGGAAAUGGCCCCUGCCAUCGACUGGUUGUCCUGCUUGCAAGCGACAUUCACGCCAAUGUCCCUGAGACCCUCCCAGCUCCUCGUAGUCCAUGACCUGGAGUAUUUGAAAAACAUGUCUCAGCUGGUGGAAGAGCAGCUGUUGAAAUACAGAGACUUUCUGCAGAGCCACAUGAUCUUGGGGCUGGUGGGGACCCUCUCUCCAGCCCUGGACAGUAAGUUCCAGGAGGCACGCAGAUCACUGAUCCAGAAACUGCGGGAGCUGACCCAACGACCACCCAUGCCCACCAGCCCUCGAUGGAUGAAGUGUGUAGAGGAGACAGGAACCUUCUUCGAGCCUACCCUGGCAGCCUUGUUUAUUCAUGAGGCCUUCAGUCCGAAAACCCAAAGUGCUGCCAUGGAACUAUUCACUGCAAUCAAGGACACCCUCAUCACUCGCCUCAGGAGGGUUCCCUGGAUGGAUGAGAAGACCCGGAAAGAGGCCCAGGAUAGGGUCACCCAACUGCAGGUGAAGAUGGGGGGCCCAGAAUGGGCCCUGAAGCCAUCACUGGCCAGGGAGGAAUACAACGAUAUACAGCUUGGACCCAGCUACCUGCAGUCCUUCCUGAGCUGUGUCCGAUCUCUCCGAGCUAGAAUUGUCCAGAACUUCUUGCAGUCUUUCCCCCAGCACAGGUGGCAGGUGUCCACCUGGGGGGUCAGUGCUUACUAUUCAAUAUCUGACCAUGUGGUGGUCUUCCCAGCCGGACUCCUCCAACCUCCAUUCUUCCACCCUGGCUACCCCAGAGCCGUGAACUUUGGCGCUGCUGGCAGCAUUAUGGCCCAUGAGCUGCUGCACAUCUUCUCCCAGCUGUUACUCCCUGGGGGCUGCCCAGCCUGUGACACCCAUGCCCGACAGGGGGCGCUGCUGUGCCUGAAACGCCACUACCAAUCCAUUCCGUUACCCAGCGGACUCUCCUUCAAUGGCUCUUGGACACUACUGGAGAAUGCCGCCGACAUCGGGGGGCUGGCCAUUGCACUGCAGGCGUACAGCAGGAGGCUGUUAGGGUACUACGGAGAGACUAUCCUGCCCAACCUGGACCUCAGCCCUCUACAGCUCUUCUUCCGAAGCUAUGCCCAGGUGAUGUGUAGGGAGCCCAGCACCUGGGAACCCCAGGAUCCUCACAGCCCUCCCAUGCUUCGAGUACAUGGGCCUCUCAGCAACACGCAAGCCUUUGCCAGACACUUCCACUGUCCGCGUGGUGCCCUCAUGAACCCCUCCAAACGCUGCCAGCUCUGGUAACCUGGCUACCACAGAGACUCCAACUUAGAUGUAACAACACCUCCCUGCCCCAACCAUGGACUCAGACGCUAUCUCCUUUCCCUUUCCCUUCCAAAAAUAAAAGCUGGCACUUGG